AUGGCCACCAUGGCGGACGGCAAAGAUGACGAGGCAACGAUCAAGGUUGCAUCGAAGAAGAACGCAAAGGAUAAGCCGAACGGGAUCAUCAAGUUGAAGAAGCCUGCCCCGAAACACUCUAAGCCGGGCAACUGGAAGGAUGGCACUGUCAUUGAUAAUGACAAGAAGAAGCCCGCUCCGAGCCCUGCCGGCAUCUCGGCCCCGUCCCCCGGCCCCGUCGUCAACCCACUCGACGACUCCGCGCGCGAGACCUUUGCGACCGGCCAGCCGCUCGAAGACAACCCGGAUCUGCAGAGCUGCAAGCACUGCAAGAAGAGCAUCUUGAAGACGGCGGCGAAGCAUCACAUCGCAGGCUGCCUGCGGAUCAAGAAGGAGAAGGCCCAGCGCAAGAAGGAGGCACGCGAGGCGCGGGAGCGCGCGAGAGAGGCAGCGAAAGAGGAGGAGGCGCGCAAGAACGACGAGGACGGUGAGACGCGUGCGGACGAUGACAGUGACGAUGACAACGACGGCGAGAAGAAGGUGAAUGGUGGGAAGACUACUAAGAAAGCGGCGGGCAAGAAGGCGGACACCGGUGACAAGAAGGGAACGAAGCGGAAGGCCGAUGGUGAGCCAGACAAGGCGCCUAAGCCGAAAAAGAAGAAGGACGAACCUAAGCCCAAAGUCCCUAAACCCAAAGGACCGGUCGAUGUUGAACGGCAAUGUGGUGUCAUUUUACCGAACGGACAGCCCUGCGCCAGGUCGCUCACUUGCAAGUCACAUAGUAUGGGCGCAAAGCGUGCAGUGGCAGGCAGAUCCCUUCCGUACGAUAUGCUUCUCGCAGCCUACCAGAAGAAGAAUCAGGCGAAGCAGCAGAGUGAGUUAUAG